AUGACGCAGUCAGAUUUUGGUGCUGGUGCUUAUGGUGAUCGACACUGCUCUGCAGGUGGACCCGAUCUCUUGCUCUUGUCCUCCUUAAGAACGCUCUUGCUGGCACAUCGCUCAGCUUCUUAUCAUCGUUCAAAGACCACGAUGCUAUCAUUACUGCUUCUAUCAAUUGCAUCCAUUUCGACCGCGUCUUCCAUCACUUGGAAGAACUGCACCGUGGCCAAUUUUCCUGGCCUAGCGAACUUAGGGGUAGACUCGUAUAUCGACCAGAUUGGGAAUGCGUCUCAUCUCGACUGCGGUGAACUCCAGGUGCCGCUAGACUGGAGCCGGCCUCAUGGAGAGAACAUCACUCUGGGAAUGGCUCGCUACAGAGCUACGCUCCCUGGAAAGCGACUGGGCAGUAUCAUCUAUAACCCUGGUGGCCCGGGAGGGCCCGGCUCGAUUUCGGCUCUGGCACAGGCAGUAGGCAUCCCUUACUACACGAAUGGCACGAAGGACUACUACGAUGUGAUCGGUCUUGAUCCCCGUGGGAUCGGGUUGAGUACAAGAGUCAAGUGCGAUCCAGACCUCUAUAACAAGCGGGUUUCGCUGUUUCCGACGACUGAAGAGGAGUUUCAUGCACUGGUUGAGAAGAACCGGGCGCUCGGGGAGAGCUGCCGAAAUCUAACUGGAGAGUUGUUCUAUCACGUUGACACCACGAGCGCUGCAAGGGAUCUCGAGGCCGUUCGCAUUGCCUUGGGUGACGAGAAGCUAAACUGGAUCGGACUGUCCUACGGGACUCAGCUGGGCGGCGCCUAUGCAGAGCUGUAUCCCGAGAGCGUGGGACGCAUGGUCCUCGACGGGAACCUGGAUCAUUCGCAGUCAGAAACGGGAGCUUUACAGACGGAAGUGUCGACUUACGAGGACGUUCUGAACCAGUUCUUCAAGUGGUGCAACACAACCGCAACGGACGACGAAUGCCCGCUCAAGGGCCAGGAUCUCCCCCAAAUAUUUGACGACCUGGUCGCUGCCGCUAACGAGUCGCCAAUCGAGGCUCCCGGCUGCGCCGGCGACCAAAGCGCCUGCCGCUCCACGGUCACCGGCCAAGACAUCCUCAUCAACGCCCAACCCUACCUCGUCUAUGAAAGAGCCCAGUCCAAGCGCUCGAGCGCCAACUGGCCUACCCUAGCCCAGUAUCUUAACAACACAAUUGCCGGUGACGCAACAGGCUUCUCGUCAAGCCUUGCGACAUCAGAAAGAGACUUGUCCUAUCCCGAUAUCGCGAUCGGCUGCCUUGACUGGCGUCACGAUUCCACCUCGCUCUCGGACAUCCUCUACAAGUUGCAACUAUCCUCUUACCUUGCGCCGCACACAAAGGGUGCUUCUCAGUCCUACCGGUACCAGGUCUCGUGCAUCGGCUGGCCUGCGCCGCUCGUCAACCCGCCUCACAAACUCAACCAGACCAGCAUGGCCAAGGCCCCGCCGAUUCUCAUGGUCAAUGCAUUCCACGACCCAGAGACGAGCUACGUCUGGGCGAACAAUCUGCUAGAGCAAAUCCCGAGCGGGGUGCUACUGACCAGGGAUGGGAAUGGGCAUACGAGUUACUCGUUGGGCGGGGAGGCAAGUGUCCUGAUCGAUGCGUUUUUGGUCAACGGAACGUUGCCGAGGAGGAAUACUGUUGUUGGUUCGUGA